GGGUCUUCUUCAAUUGUUUUGUUUGAUCCAAUGGAAUAAAAGAAGGGUUCUUCAGAGGAUUCCACCUAAUCCCAAAAAAAAAGGAAAAGAAAAAUGGAAGCAUCCUCUGAGUACUCUUCAUCUCAAGGUCCUCCAGCACCAACAUCAGGUUCAUCACCAAAAAGCUCUUCGCCGUCGCCGUCGCCGUCGAAAUCGUCUUCUCCACCUUCGCCUUCGACAUCGCAUUCGCCGGCGUCACCGUCUCGGUCGGUAGCUUCUCAAAAGAACGAUGAUAAUUAUCAAUCCCCUCCGUCUGGUAAAAGUAGCAGCGGCAACGGCCACAACCACCGUUCUCCUCCACCUCGUAAAAAGGGUAGUAAUCAUCAUAAUGGAUCACCACAUCCCAAAAGUUCAUCAAAUAAGGACGAUGUGGAUGGGAAAUUUAUUAUAAUAGGAGCAGCUGCAGGUGCUGGAUUAUUGCUUUUUGUUGUUGUUAUUUUCUUUGUAGUUAAAUGUGGACGUCCAAAGAAGAAGAAACAAAAUCCACAAUUCCAACCACAAGGUAGCGGUGAUCCACACUACUAUAACACAAAUGGGGGAGUACCACCACCAAAUGGCUAUGGUGGCGGCAAUGGAUGGAGUUCAUCAUCCCCAAUGCCACCACCAAGUGGUGGCAAUGGAUGGAGUUCAUCAUCCCCAAUGCCACCAGGACCAAUUUAUAGUGGUUCAGGAAGACAAUUUUAUAGUGGUUCAGGACCAAUUUAUAGUGGUGAAGCAACAAGCAACAAUUUCUCAAGUCCAUACCAUCAACAAAUGCCACCACCAACCCCAAACUUUUCUAUUGGGUUCAACAAAAACAGCUUCACUUACGAAGAGCUUUCGGUUGCUACAAAUGGAUUUUCUCAAGCGAAUAUGAUCGGUCAAGGUGGUUUUGGAUACGUUUUCAAAGGUGUAUUACCAAAUGAAAAAGAAGUUGCAAUAAAGUGCAUGAAAGCUGGUAGUGGUCAAGGAGAUAGAGAAUUCCAAGCUGAAGUUGAAAUAGUUAGUCGAGUCCAUCAUCGUCACCUCGUGUCACUGGUCGGGUUUUGUGUCGCCGGCGAUCAACGAAUGUUGGUCUAUGAUUUUGUUCCGAACAAAACAUUGGAACAUCAUCUCCAUGGAAAAGGUGUUCCAGUCAUGGAUUUUACUUGUAGACUUCGUAUUGCAUUAGGUGCUGCUAAAGGACUUGCUUAUCUCCAUGAAGACUGCCAUCCUCGCAUUAUUCAUCGUGAUAUCAAAGGUGCCAAUAUUCUUAUCGAUAACAACUUUGAAGCUAUGGUGGCUGAUUUUGGGUUGGUUAGACUCACUGCUGAAAACCACACACAUGUUUCAACUCGUGUAAUGGGAACAUUUGGGUACUUGGCUCCCGAGUAUGCUUCAACUGGCAAGUUAACAGAGAAAUCAGAUGUUUUCUCAUUCGGGAUUAUGCUCUUAGAACUCAUAACUGGAAAACCACCUGUUGAUCUUUCUAAUAAAAUGGAAGACACCUUGGUGGAUUGGGCUCGACCACUUUUGGAUCGAGCACUUGCGACUGGUAACCAUGAUGAGCUCAUUGAUCCACGUUUGGAGGGUAACUACGACCAUGGUGAGAUGCAACGCAUGGUGGCAUGUGCUUCAGCUAGUAUCAGACACUCAGCCAAAAGGCGCCCAAAAAUGAGUCAGAUUGUACGUGCAUUGCAAGGAGAUGCGGCCUUAGAUGACUUGAAUGUAUGGGUAAAGCCAACCGAUAGCAACAUCAGUUCCUUAGGUUUACCAACCCAGGGAUUUUCGAGCAGUGAAUACAACUCAUCUGGUGACAUGCAGAAUCAACGUCGUUCUUAAACAUGUUGGAGCAAAAACAAAACCCCAAAGAAGAAAAACAAAACAUUGGACAACAAAACGAUUUUUUUUACAUCAAUGUAUUUUGGUUUUUUAUCAAAAUUAUUUCCAAGACAUUUUGUUGCUUUGGAUCAUUGUUAAUUUAAGGUGGUUUUUUUUUACCUAUUGUAUCAUGCUUUCUUUUAUUUAUGCAUAGAGUGGGUAAGGGGUGAAACCACAAAAUUACUUUAGUGAAGGCAAUAAUGAAUAAUAAAUUUUCAAGGGAUCAAAGUAUAA